GUUGCCAUCACGAAAGCCAAAGUGGAUUUCUCCGGUGUGGUGUGCCUGCCCCCUUCCGUCAUUGCUGGAAAUGGGCUGGACGGAGGAGGGGCUGGCGAAAAUGAUGAUGAGCCGGUGUUGGUGUCACUUUCAGCGGCCCCCAGCCCUCAGAGCGAAGCUGUUGCCAAUGAGCUGCAGGAGCUCUCCUUGCAGCCCGAGCUGACCCUCAACCUCCAUCAUGGCCGAAACCCCAACCUUCCUCCACUCAGUGAAAGGAAGAAUGUGCUGCAGUUGAAGCUCCAGCAGCGACGCACACGGGAGGAGCUGGUGAGCCAAGGGAUCAUGCCGCCUCUGAAAAGUCCAGCUGCAUUUCAUGAACAAAGAAGGAGUUUGGAGCGGGCCAGGACAGAGGACUAUCUGAAACGGAAAAUCCGGUCCCGGCCAGAGAGAUCAGAGCUGGUUAGGAUGCACAUUCUGGAAGAGACCUCAGCUGAACCCUCCUUGCAGGCUAAGCAGCUGAAGCUAAAGCGAGCCAGACUGGCAGAUGACCUCAAUGAGAAGAUAGCGCAGAGGCCAGGUCCCAUGGAGCUGGUGGAGAAGAACAUCUUGCCUGUGGAAUCGAGCCUGAAGGAAGCCAUUAUCGUUGGACAGGUGAACUAUCCAAAGGUUGCAGACAAUUCCUCCUUUGAUGAGGACAGCAGUGAUGCCCUCUCCCCAGAACAGCCAGCCAGCCAUGAGUCCCAGGGGUCUGUCCCAUCGCCGAUGGACUCCCGGAUCUGUGAGCCUCUCCCUAGCACCACUGGCACAUCACUAGCUCAGGGUACGUCCCAAUUGCAGAUCAGCGCAGACUCCAGUGAAACACUUUUCCUACCUGAACAGCCACCCCCACCUCUGCCACCUCCGCCUCUUCUGCCCCCUAGUCUUACCAAUGGAGCGGCUCUUACUGCUGCCAAGCCCCCACCAACACUCAUUAAGCAAAGCCAGCCCAAGUCUGCUAGUGAGAAGUCUCAGCGCAGUAAAAAAGCCAAGGAGUUGAAGCCGAAAGUCAAGAAGCUAAAAUAUCAUCAGUAUAUUCCCCCGGACCAAAAGCAGGACAAGGGAGCUCCUCCCAUGGAUUCAUCUUAUGCCAAAAUACUGCAGCAGCAGCAGCUCUUUCUCCAGCUUCAGAUCCUCAACCAGCAGCAGCAGCAGCACUACAACUAUCAGACCAUCCUGCCAGCCCCACCAAAGCCUCCAGGAGAGCAGCAGAGUGGUGCCAGUGCCCCUGCUGUACGCAAUCUCUCUGCCACAGUCAGCAGUGCGUCUUCAGUAUCCUCUGGUUCCGGUGGGCUUAUGCGACAAAACAGUAAUGCUGCAGUGGGCAAGCCUGGCCCUCUCCCUGCCAACCUAGAUGAGAUGAAGGUAGCAGAGCUGAAGCAAGAGCUGAAGCUGAGGGCUUUGCCUGUCUCAGGCACAAAGACGGACCUGAUUGAGCGUCUCAGAGCUUACCAAGAGCAGAACGGUGCAGCCAGUCAAACAACCCCCACUCCCAAGCCCAGCACAGCAGCCAUCCUCCCAAAAGCUGCUGAAGUGGUGGUAGCCUUCCCAGCUGCCAGGCUGAGCACAGGGCCAGCCCUGGUCACCACUGGCAUUGCACCAGCAGAAGUAGUUGUGGCCACAGUCACCGGUGGCGGCGUGAUGAAGUUUGGCAGCACAGGCUCGACUCCUCCUGUUUCUCCAACUCCUUCUGAGCGCUCGCAAAUGAGCACAGGGGACGAGAACUCGGCCACCGGAGACACCUUUGGAGAGAUGGUGACUUCCCCCCUGACCCAGCUCACCUUGCAGGCAUCUCCAGUGCAGUUCCUGGUGAAGGAAGAAAGCUCCAAGUCUGCCUCCUGCAGCGUAAAUGCGGCACCCAGGUCGGAGCGAUGUAGCAUUGGUAACAGCAGAGAUGCAGAAGUUAGGGACAAAGACCAGAUGUUGCAGGAGAAGGACAAACAGAUCGAGGAACUCACCCGCAUGCUGAAGCAGAAGCAACAGCUGGUUGAGAUGCUUAGACUACAGCUAGAGCAGGAGAAGCGCUCUCAGCAGUCACUACCGGCCCCAGCGGCUGCAGGAGAAGGAACAGCCCUUGCCUCCAACCCAGUAGCAUUUGGCACCCAGGUCAAGAGUGAAAACGGUUUCCUGAGUUGCCAGGCUGCAAAGCAAUCCAGUGGCCAAACAGACCAAUUCAGCCCUGCACCAACCACUAGCCAAAUGGACACUUCGAAUCCAAGCCCAGUGCCAAAGAAAGCCGUGAUGGUGAAGCAGGAGGUGCCAGCCGUGGAAGCAGAGCCACCGUGCCAGUCCCACAGCCCGCGGCUUUUCCUUGGCCAGCAAGGGAGCGCCCUGAGCGACCUCAUCAAGGGCACCCCUCCCCCCACCCUCAUCACCGACUCCACAGGGACCCACAUCGUCCUCACCGUGACCAAGCAGAGCGCCGAGAGGCAGGGCCUCUCGCCCCAUGGGAAGGCAGGGAGUAGCUGCCCGGCCUUGCAGAGAGUACAAUCAUCGCCCGCUAAAACUUCCAGCCAACCGCAGUGUCAGCUACCUGCAAGCACCCCUCAGCAGCCCACACAGCAGCAGAAGCAGCAGCCCACGCAGCAGCAGCCCCUGCAGCAGCAGCAGCCCAGAGGACUAAACCAAUCUGUCAGAAAGCCCUCAUCGCAGCCCAGCUCUCCUGCUGCCCCUUCCCCAUCCCAGAUGGACCUGGAGCAGCAACAGCACACGUCGCUUUUUGGAACUCCUCCUCCUCCUCUCCCUGUUCCCUCAGUCCCGAUGAAAGAGCCACCAGGCUAUGAAGAAGCCGUGAAGCAACAGCCAAAGGCCCAGGAGAACGGCUGUUCCAGCCAGCAGAUGGACGACCUGUUUGACAUUCUCAUCCAAAGUGGAGAGAUUUCUGCUGACUUCAAGGAUCAGUCAUCCCCAGCUGGGAAAGAACCACCCGUGCCCCCAGCCUGCUCCUCCCCGCCCAGCAGCCACCAUUCCUCAGAGCUGGCGGUACCAGUGUCCUUGGGGCAGCAGGUGCCCGUGGGCCGGCUGGAGGACUUCCUGGAGAGCAGCACCGGCCUCCCGCUGCUGACGGCAGGCCACGAUGGGCCGGAACCCCUGUCCCUGAUUGAUGACCUCCACAGUGAGAUGCUGAGCAGCUCGGCCAUCCUGGACCACCCGCCUUCACCUAUGGACACCUCGGAAUUGCACUUUGCUCACGAGCCAUCCGGGGGCAUAGCCCUGGAUCUGGCUGAGGCUAACUUGGACAGCAUGGAC